CCACCUUUCAACUCUCUAUUAUAAUCCUUUUUUCGUCACUCGCUUUCCUCUUCUUUAUUUCUCUUCGUCCAAUCCCUCGAUUGCCGCCUGUGUCAUGACCCCCUUUUGGCCCGAUACCAUGCACUCAGCCGCUUCUUGAUCUUCUUUGUGUCGUCGACUAUCCGGUGUACUUUUAAUCCAUUGCAGAAGUCAUGGAUCGCAAUCUCUCUGUAGGUGGUGGUCGUGGUCGUGGUGAUGGCCGUCAUGGUGGCAGUUCUGGUGUUCUGCCCCCUCGACACAAUCGCAGCUCACUACCUCUCGUCGUCAAUCGAGAAGACCGAAAGCCUCUAUUCGGAGAGAAGCAAAAUAAACAGCCUAUCAGGCAGAAGUUGGCAUUCAAUACUACUUCGUCCGACGCAAGACCGAACACCGCUCUAUCCGUAUCGCCGGGUUCCGGGAUCCCUCGACCCGGCUCAGUCUCACCCUCCCCCUCCAUAACCUCCAGCAAUGGCGCCGAUGGUCCGUCCCGAAUUCCGCGACCCAGUUCCGCUGCCGGCGGUGCCUUUUCCAAGUCCAGGCGUCCCAUGUCCCUCGCCGACGCGUACCGUCUCGCCGCAGCAGAAGAAGGAUACGUCGACACCACAGCACGCACGCGCAGACUCUCGCCCGUGCCCAUCGACGGCUCCCCGAGCCCCGCUCCCCGCCCUCGGCCAUCAUCACGAGCCUCCAACGACCACAGGAUCCGCCGUAUGGUCAGCACUGGACCUCUCGAGCUUGGACGGGCCCGUCACCUACCCAGACCCAUCGAUGACGACCCGGCUGCCGACGACCAAUCCAUCCAUAGCGCCUCCAGCUCCGCCAGUUUCGAAAGGCGGUUGAGCCAAUUUGCCCGGGAUACCAAUCGCUUGUCCAUCUCCCCUGGUCGCGUCGUCGCGGUCGCGCCCUCAAGCAUCCCGAGACCCGGGUCGAGGCAUCAACACCAAUACACGGCGGACCCCGCCCUGCAAAAGAGAGCGAGCAUGAGCAGUCUAAAUAGCAUGAGCAGCGUGCCGGGGACCCCUCGCACCGAGGCAUUCGCUAAGGGACACGUGCCUAGAGGUUGGGUCUCUCAUCUUCUAGCCAAAGAAGAGCAGAGAGCCGUCAGCCCCAAGCCGGGGAACGCGGCCAGGGAACACGCCGCCAAUGUACCGCGUCCCUCCGUCGAAGGAGGCAGCCCGCUGCAUCAGCCCGCACCGCCUUCUGCGCGGCCCGCCCCUGACGAACUACAGAACCCCUCCCCCAACAAGAGCUAUGCCUGGCAAGUCGACCAGGAUUUUACCGCUCGCGACCUUCAAGUCUCCGACAGCCCCCGCCUGAACAUGGAUCAGGUCACACUGGAAGAUUUCACCGGUCGGAGACUAGUCAACCCCGCUGCCCUCGUCCAGAAUCAAGGCACCCGGAUGGGGAGCCCGAGAAAGAGCGGCAUGUCGAUCGGGGUCGGACGUGCUAACUCCAAGCUGGCCGAAAUUCGCCAGCGCGAACUCGAUGUCGAGCGGGCGCUGGAAGCCAGCCCUGCUCAGGACGAAAAUGACCCGCACCAUCUGGUGGAGAAUACGAAACUUGAUGAUGUCCAACAGCGCGAAACCGAGGUUGAAGACCGGUUUGCGCAACUUUAUCCUCAAGGGAUGCGGAAGAACACCAAGCUCGACGAAAUACGACAGCGUGAAAUCAAAGUAGAAGAAAAUUUUGCGGAGCCCGUUCCGCCGCAGGAAGUUCGGAGGAAUACCAAGCUCGACGAGAUUCGAGAACGUGAAAAGGAGUUUUCAUCCAACAAGGCGUUAGCUGCGAGCUUCCUCGAUGAUAUCCGAGAGCACAACGCAUCCAGGUCGUUGUCACCCGAUUCGAUACCCCACAGGAACCGGCAGCGCGCAAAAGAGUCCACCCCCGAACCUCCCGCGCAAAGCAAGCCUAGGCAGCAUGCUCCGGGUGACAACGUCACUUUGGGCGAGCAGGGCGAGCAGAUUCCCAACACUCCGGUCACGGUAUACCGGAAACAAAAAAUACCGAAAGACGAACCAAAGGGAGAAUCCCAUGGCGGCGGAGCUGCGGUUUCGAGCAAACCGAAGCCCGAAGAACCAGAGCCUCAUUUUCGGCCCACUCAUAACCGCGCUGAUUCAAGAGAUCUCCUUCGACGUCUCGCGCGAGCCGCCAGUACCAGUCCUGCGCCCGAACAGACCCAGCCGAGAAAAGACUCGCUCGACAAAUCUCAUCCUGACGCCGAGAAGACCAGGGACAGCAGCAACCGCCCGGCACGUGCAUUGAGCAGCGACACGAAUAAAAUUUCUUCGGACGCCCAAGAACCCGAACAGGCCAAGUCCUCCGUUGGCUUUCUUGGCAUUCGCCGUGACCCUUCUGUCGACUCUAAGAAAGACAAGAGAUCGAGCAUGGCCAUGUCUGAUAAGUCUGACAGCGAUCCGACUCUUCGGAUCGAAGGGGAGAUGAAGCUGUUUGCUCCACAUGAUAAUCAGUCAGAGCGGGGAUCCGUACGGGCACCUUCUGUUGGACCUUCGAGCGAUAAGGACGAUUUGGAGGACGAGGCAGAUGGGGGGGAUGAGGGGGACAAGGAGGACGAGGAGGACGAGGAGGACGAGGCCGAGGGAGAAGAGAAAGAGCCGAGGGAACAAGCCGCGGACGAGACGCCACGUCCCGUGAAACCGGAUCCAUUGAGUCUUCCAACCCCGAAAGUUACAGGAGCCUAUGUCGAAACACCGGCGCCAGCGAAGGUAGAGGCUCCCCCAGAGAAAAAGGAGGACGAAGAGGAGCGGGGAGAUCAGAAAAGCCAGGAGGAGAAUCAGGUCAUCUCGACUCGCUACAAGGCCAAGGCGCUGGCCACUCUGCCUGCGAGAGGAGCGUUGAGAGGAGCCUACAGUUCGGAAACAUCAAACGAAGAAAAGUCAAAAGACGUCACGGUCGUGGUCGUGCCGGAAGAUCGGGUGCCAAGGCAAUCGGAACCGACAACAACGACAUCGACGCUCCGUCGGCGCGCCCGAUCCCUGCCGCGAGCUCGGCGGCCGCUGAUAAAUUCGGCGAAGCCACCUACGGUCAAGGACGAUCUCCUUGAGAUGCGUCGGACCUACCAGAUCGAGGAUUCGACGCUGGACGACUUGGAAGAGAUCUUCAGGCAGAAGCCCAGCAAAUUGCCAAGGGCACCCUCCCCCGAGAUCCAGUUGAUGCUCAACGCGAUAUCGACGAAGCGCGAGCAGGUGGCCAGCAAACCUAGCCUGGACAAGGUGAAUCGUGAUAGCGAGCUGGAGCUCUACGACAAGAUGAGCAAGUCGCUCAAGGACGGUUUGCUGGGAAUCCGGGCUGCCAAGAUUGGCAUCGAGCGACUGGAGGAUAAUCUCGCCCAUUCGAAAACCCUGCCCGUAAAGGUGGAAGAGGCUGGGCCGGACGCCAAGCCUCCCAAGUCCGAGAGGACGAUGGGUGCGGACCAUAAGCACAAACAUUCCAACCUCGACGACCACUCUAAGCCGCGGCCUGGCUACACGUCUCUCACAUGCCCACCCGACGUUUUCGCCUACUAUCAUCUUCCCAUUCCGCGCCUCUAUCACGAGAAACCCUUCCGCCUCAGUCUCCUCGGAUUGCUCGUCCUCCUCUUCUCCGUCUGGUUCGCUGCCGAGACGACGACUUGCAGCCUGUACUGUCGGCCCUCGACUUGCUCUGCCGCCGAGGCCCCCUGCUACUGGUCGCCUGACGAUCCCACCUGGGGUUACUCCCUCCCCAUCAAGCUGGACGAGUGGGUCACCGACGGUCACGGCCGACACGUGGCAGCCCAGCUCGCCGAGCAAGCCUCGGACCUUUACCUCGACGCAUGGGAUUACCUCAGGGGCACCGACAUCCGCGACGUCGACACGGAGUCUCUGGAUUUUCACGAGAAGCGGCAGCACCGGCGCCGACUGCGGAAGAAGGGCCUCCUCGAGUCAUACGUGCCGCCCGAGGAAUACCGCGACAAGUGGGAGUCGUGGCACGAGGUGCGCGUGGGGAUGGAUCGGGCGGACGAGAUCAGAGAGGCUGGAUAUGAUGAGUCUGAAUCUGACGAUGUCGAGACGUUUGCGGCGGAUGAGGAAGUCUAAUCGAUGUCCAUUUCCAAUUUCCAUUCACCAGGUGGACUUGGGAGGAUCGGGUUAAUUUGAUGGAUGUGCCAAUAUGACAGACAUUGAAUACCCUAUCUCCCUUUCCCUCCCUUCUGAGCUGAACUUGGAAGAACACGCCUGUCCCUUCGGGCUCACGUUAUCUUUUUUCUUUUCCUAUUAUUAUUUCUUCCUUUCCUCCUCUUACUCUUAAGUGUUUGUCAUGUCCUGGCAAUCGUCAUGUAAUUAGCUAACACUAUAUGAAGCGAAGGUAGGAGAAAAGGCGGACUCUGAAGAGGGAAGAGACUUCUCAGUUGGCUCUACAACGAUAUGAACGGAGAAUGGGGACCCAUAGCGCGGCGUUCUCGGAACCAAACCAGGGGGAGCAGGAGGGUUGGUUUUGGGUUUGUUCUACAAUUACGAAUACCAAUAGUAUACGAGAAAACAAAAACAUAAUACGUAACGCGUUAACGGAGGA